AUGGAGGGGGAAUUUCGCGUCUCUGAACUCUAUAAGAAGAAAGACCACAAAAAACCAUCAUCGGAUGUCCAAUCAUCCAUAAUUGCCGACCAAAACUCAUAUCGCGAGAAGUCUAUCUGGCGGCGAAUAUCUGAAAGAGAUAUUCAUCUAUCAUCUGUCAAUGAACAAACAGCGGAGAUGCUCAAAACAAAAGACCACGCUCUUACACAACUCCGCGAAGCACAGCGUCUGCGCCAGUUGAAAGGCCCCCUACUAGAUCCUAGUGAGAUGUUAUGGAUGGAUAAUACCAUCCUCGAUGUCGAGAACGCAGCCCUUGGCGUUGCUAUUCUUCUCGAGCCCACCCGGGUAGAGAAGGAGACCGGGAACGGCAAGCUCAGCCUGGGGAGGCAAUUUCGUUGGGUCUAUCGUGAUAGUCAACGAGCGCGGGAUAUGAUAAAUCGCCUUUUGGCUUGUCAUUCCAGUCUCAUGGCUGUUCUAGCUCGUCUGCAGCGGCUUGAUACUCCUGAGUCUGCCACUGUCCCUGUCCACGAACUGGAAGCAGAGAUGGCCUACAAACCGGAAAUUAACAACUCGCCUAGUCUCUCGCCGAACUUGGAUGAUUCUGUUAGUUGUCUGAGUCAACUAGAAGAGAACAGCAGGUGGAAUUCUCCGAGGCCGAGCACAUUGGACCAUGAGAUGAAUGACAUGUUGGCCUGGCGUCGGUCUAAAGGAAAGACUGUAUAG